CAGCAAGAGGCACGGAUGCUCUUAAACCCUAACUUACGAGCAAGAGAUGGGAAACAAGGACGCCGUGCACAACGAGAUCCUCAGGCUCAAGAGGAUCCUCUUUGAAAAGCUCACGGAGAGCACUGCCAAUGCGGGAAUCGGGCUCACCAAUGUGUCCUUGACGCCGGCGCAAGAGCUGGGCCAGAAGAUGCUCGUCGAUGGAAUGCCAAAGGCUUUUGUUGAGUUUUUCGAGCUCACCACCACCUUGGAGCCCGAGCCGACCAACAAAGAGGACGAGGAAGCUGGCAUCAGGUUCCCCAUCGCCGAAGCUCAGAGAACGUUUAAGAAGAAGGAAGUCCAGAGCGUUUUGUGCGGCCAUCUUGUAGCAGCAGAGCGAGCUGCAAGAACAGGGAACAAUGAGAAGCUGUUCAUGGCAUUGUCCGGUGUUGGAGCUCUGUUCGACAAGACGUGCUACUUCUCCACUGCGGUGGCCUACUUCGUGCGAGCUCUCGCCGCGGCCAGCAAUGUGACGAGCACACGGAACACCUUUCACGUAGCACAGCAAUGUUUAGGCAAAAUACAACCUUGGCAAGAUCUACUGGAAGGUGCGAAACAGUGGCGACGCCAUCAGCUGCUUUGAGGAUUGCUUGGGCCUCGCAAGCUUCAUAAACCACGGCCAGCUCGUCGUCAUGGCUGCAACUGAGCUCCUCGAGGAAGAAAACAGCAUGGAAAAGCUUGCAGGUCUACUGGCAUUGCGCCGAGGAGUGCCGACAAGAAGGCAACUGCAGACAGAGCAUUUGCUACUUUGAAAAGGCAAGCCAGGAAAAACUAUAGAAAAACUUUGGAGAUGUGUGAAUUUUUCGUCGUGAUCACAGUGCGUGCGAGCUGCUGUGGCAUGUAGUAAUCCUGUUCAGGGAGGUGAAGCCAAGUACAACAUUGGACUCGUAUAUGGGAUGCUCAGGGAGACGCAAAACGC